UAAUCCACUUACUUGUUACACAACACGAGGAAACAGGUGUAUGUGGAUCCCAUCUCCUACCCGCUGCUGAUCUUUAGGGCAGGGAGGAGGACCACAGAGGUGUAUAAAGUGCGCUCUUGUGUGAGUUGUCUGCGCAUGCUCCGGACUGACUGCUCAGGAUGCUGCUGUCUCUUCUGUCGUCGCUGCUGCUGCUGCUGCUGCAAUGCUCCUUAACGAGCGGAGCCACCGAUCCCAUCUACCUGGUGACAGUCACUUCCCAGGCGGUGGGUGGCAGCACAGAGACUCUGUGUGCACAGAUCCAUGAGUCCACAGAAGCACUCUCUAUAGUGGUCACUUUGAGAACCGACAAUCAAAACCUCACCGUCCUACAACAGGCCUCCAUUAAAAAGGAUUUCUACAGAUGUGUCCCUUUUAAGGUCCCUGCAGUCACUGAGGAGUCUGUGGCAUCCGUGGAUGUUGUAAUCCGAGGGGGAAAAACAUCUCUGGACAAAACCACUAAGAUCCUCAUAAAUCCCCCCCAAAGUCUUCUUUUCAUCCAAUCAGACAAGCCUAUCUACAAGCCUGGACAAACAAUUAAUUUUCGCAUUGUGUCUCUGGAUUCCAAUUUCUUGCCUCACAAUCAAGUGUUUCACACCGUACAACUCCAGGACCCUUUUUCAAAUCUCAUCGGUCAGUGGUUGAAUCAGACCACAAGGAUUGGUAUUUUGGAUCUGUCCCACUCCAUGUCUCCAGAAGCUGCUCAGGGUUACUACACCAUCACUGCUUGGGAUGAGAAGAACCAACAAACAUCACACGGAUUUGAAAUUAAAGAAUAUGUUCUGCCAAAAUAUGAAGUGAACAUUGAUUUUCCGUCCGUUAUAACUGUCCAGGACAAAGAGGUCACUCUGAAAGUUUGUGCAAAAUACACUUAUGGCAAGCCUGUGCUGGGGUCUGUGAAUGCUCAAGUGUGUGGACAGAGCUAUGAUUAUUACUGGAGGAGAACAUUCCCUGACAUGGUUAACAUAUGCCAGAAAUAUUCAGUGAUGACCGACAGGACCGGCUGUGGGUCUCAGGUGAUAAAUGUGACAGAAUUUGGCUUGUCUUCAGGAGGAUCUUUCGAAGUGAAUUGUGAUGUGGAAGAGUCUGGAACAGGAAUAACUAUGCAGGGUUUUACCUCAGCUGUGUUUACCAGGAAUUAUGUCAGUAUUUUUUUUGAGGACACACCAGAUACAUACAGGCCUGGCAUGGCCUUUACGGGAAAGGUUGUGGUCACUAAUCCACAGUCCAGAUUGAGGAAAAAUGAGCCAGUGGUUGUAUAUGCAUUUUAUGGUGACAAAAAGGUCAAUGUGACACUGACGACAGAUCUUAAUGGCACUGCCCGAUUCUCAUUCAACACUUCGGACUGGUCAACAUUACCUGUGGAAUUAUGGGCCUUUCAUAAGGGAGAUAAAAAUCAGACUGAUUUUGAGGCUUUCACAUAUUUUCCGUCAAGCUAUCACUACCUAAGACCCUUUUACUCCAAAAGCAAAAGUUUCCUGAUGUUGACGAAGACUCCAGAGAAGCUCAGCUGUAACAGUGAUGCAACAGUGACGGCGAGUUACAUCAUUCAGGGCGGUGCACUGAAAACAGGCCAGAAAACCUUGGAUUUCUUCUACAUUAUCUUGUCCAGAGGCAGCAUGAUUCAAAAUGAUUGUCUGUCUGUGAGUGUGAACACUACAAAACAAAACAAAGGAGAACUGACAAUCCCACUGAAGAAGACGGCAGCUCUGGCUCCAUACGCUCAGGUGGUGGUUUACACAGUUCUUCCCAAUAGAGAAGCAGUAGCAGACAGUAUGGACUUCCCCAUUGAAGAAUGUUUGCCAAACAAGGUGUCUUUAAAGUUCUCGUCUCCCACCCCACUGCCUGGAGAGAAGACAUCUUUUAACCUGAAAGCCAGUCCUGGCUCCUUGUGCUCCGUGAGGGCCAUAGAUCAGAGCGUGCUGCUGCUGAGACCAGAGGCCGAGCUGGAUGCCGCCGCUGUCUUUGGAAUGUUACCAGUUCAGAGUUUGUCCGGUUACCCAUACAAUGUUGAGGAAUGGGAGCCUUACCCUUGUCUGUAUCCCUGGGAAGAGAUAAACCCGUUUGCUGAACCCGCAAAGCGCAAACGAUCCCUCUAUUACCCUUACUACAAAGACAAAACGGAUGUGUACAACAUUUUUAGAGCAGUUGGAAUCAAAAUCGCUACCAACUCUGAUAUAAAGGAGCUUCGUAUUUGUCAUUACGACACGUCAAUGAUACAACCUGCUGUGAGAAAAACUAUGAAAUUGAAUGGGCCUGGUCUGGAUUUUGCUCCAAAUGAGGAAAAACAUAUUGAGAAGAUCCGCAAACUCUUUCCAGAAACCUGGAUAUGGGAUCUUAUACCUGUGGGGAAAUCAGGAUCUGUGGAUGUCGCCAAGACGGUCCCGGACACAAUCACUAAAUGGGCAGCAGGUGCUUUCUGCACAUCUACUGUAGGGUUUGGAGUGGCUCCCAAAACUAAUCUCACUGCUUUCCAGCCUUUCUUUGUGAGCCUUGCCCUCCCUUACUCCGUUAUCCGUGAAGAAACGUUCACUCUCAAAGCCACCGUAUUCAACUACCUCCCCAAAUGUAUCAUGGUGAAGGUCACGCUGGCAGACUCAGUGCAGUUCAAAGCUCAGCCGUGUAAAGGAUGCAUUUACACUCAGUGUGUUUGCUCUGAAGAGAGCCAAACCUUCCAGUGGAUUGUUACACCCUCUGCACUGGGAAAGGUGAACAUUACAGUGCGUGCUGAGGCGGUACAGAGCCGUGAACGAUGUGGCAAUGAAGUGGUGACUUUACCGGACAAAGGCAGAGUUGAUACUGUGAUGCAGAGCGUUCUGGUGGAGGCAGAGGGAACUAAACAGUCAGUUACUCAGAAUGAACUCAUCUGUGUAACAGACCGUUUACAGCAGACAACCGUCUCUCUCAAUCUACCCAAAGUGUUUGUCAAGGAUUCUGCAAAAAGCUUCAUCACAGUUAUGGGUGAUCUGAUGGGUCGUGCUCUGAGGAACAUCGCUGAUCUGUUGGCUAUGCCGUACGGCUGUGGAGAGCAGAACAUGCUGCUUUUUGCCCCUAAUAUCUACAUCCUUCAGUACCUGGAGAGCAGCGGGCAACUCACUCCUGAGAUUAAAAACAGAGCCGUAACCUUCCUGCAGAGCGGCUAUCAGAGAGAGCUGACAUACAUGCAUCUUGAUGGAUCUUACAGCGCUUUUGGGAGUAAUGAUCCUUCUGGUAACACCUGGCUAACUGCAUUUGUGAUGAAGAGCUUUGGCGGAGCGAAGAAUUAUAUAUUUAUAGAUCAGAAUAGUAUUGAUCGCGCGAAGGAAUGGCUGGGUCGACAGCAACAGGACAACGGCUGCUUCGCCUCUGUUGGGAAGCUCUACCACAUUGAUAUGAUGGGUGGCGUCAGUGAUGAAGUCACUCUCUCUGCGUACAUCACCGCAGCACUGCUGGAGUUAGGAGUCCAGAAAACUGAUCCCAUGAUUUCGAAAAGCCUUGAAUGCCUGAAGGUCUCUUCCCGUAACAUCACCAACACUUAUGUGACCGCUUUACUGUCCUACACAUUCACUCUUGCUGGAGAUGAACAGAUGAGACAGAGCUUAGUCUCCAACCUGGACCAGCAGGCCAAGAGAGAAGGUGUAGGACGAUAUUGGAGUUUGGGUAAUAAUGCUCAACCGACGGGCUCUGUGGAGGUAGAGACGAGUGCCUAUGUGUUGCUGGCUCUGCUCUCAGGACCUUCACUGCCUGGAUUUGGACUGAACUACUCUGCUAGCGUAGUACACUGGCUAACCAAGAAACAGAAUGCGUAUGGAGGCUUCUCCUCUACACAGGAUACUGUAGUAGCACUCCAGGCCCUCGCUAAAUACAGUGCUGCCACCUACAAUCCAGAAGGAUCCAUUACUGUAAGCGUGACCUCCCCCUCAGGCCAGAGGAACCAGUUCACCGUGAACCAGAACAACCGGCUGCUUUACCAGGAGAAACAGCUACAGGAAGCUACCGGCACAUACAAGCUCAGGGCAGAAGGCAAAGGCUGUGUGUUUGUGCAGUUUGCCUUGUACUACAAUAUCCCGCCUCCUCCAGAGGCUUUGGCCUUCAAAAUCAAAGCAAAUCCUGGGGUUUGCAGCAACACAAAGAACCCAGCUUUUACGCUAACCACCACUGUAAGGUAUAACGGCACACGAGCAGAGACCAACAUGGUGAUCAUUAACGUCAAGCUGCUGUCGGGGUUUAAGCCGGAUGAGACGUCUCUGCAGGCUCUGAGGGAAGACCCCAGCAUCAGACGUCUGGAUGUGGAUGAGGAUCAUGUCAUUUUCUAUUUGGAUAGCCUGAAAAAGAGUCAGGAGAAGUCCAUCAGCCUGCAGCUCGUGCAGGAAGUACCGGUGCAGAACCUGAAACCAGCUGUAGUGACCGUCUAUGACUACUACAAGAUCAGUGAACUGUCUGUGAUUGACUACACCUCCCCGUGUGGAUAAACACUACCGUGAUGACGGCUGGAUCUGGAAACCAGAUUUAAAACGGAAACCUUAUUUUCUCACAAUAAAAAUAAUCCAUCUCUGCAUUAUGCAUUUUAGCUGCUAUUAAACAAUUCGUCCACUUCUGCAUCAGAAACGUUUGCGUCCUGUGAUCAUUUGCUAUCUUUCUUUUUACAAAUAUCUGGAUCUUAAAAGAAUAAGCUAUGCGCAUGAGUCCAAUUAAAUAUUAAUUUCAAGUUUUAAAUCAAUUAGGUAUUUUAAAAAAAACAAAGAAAGAAAAAGCUCAUAUCUGCCAACUGCAAACAUUACGCAGAAGCACGUGGCAUUUUGUUGGUUUGGAUCAAUUGAGCUCUACCGGUUUAGUAACUUCGGUUUUAAACAGGAUUUAAUCGCCAACACAAGAAAGCUGCUUUCAGACUUUUUGUUUGCUGUUGUAACACCCAAUAAUAUCCGUAUACUGUUUCCCCCUCGAGUGUUUAAAAGUAGCACAGUCAAAAACUGUUUCCAAACCACUCAGAUGCUUGAUAUCUCUGCUUAGCGAAAAGAAUUCAUCUUUUAAAAUGCCUGUUAACUUCAGUAAUAUCACGUUAGAAUGCUAAUUGAGAAUAUUCUCCUACUGCUGCCCACUAAAGCGGUGUCUGUUUCGCAGCGAUCCAGGAAUUACCAAAUAAUUUCAGUAAACAAUCCCUACAAAUUGCAUCAGCAAACAACUCAGAGAGACUAAAGCAUACAGUAUACCCCAAACAGUUCAGUAUGUAUUGCCUACAUAUUG